GAUGGCACGGCAGGCUGGAAGGGGAAGCUCGGUGGGCUCCGGCAGGAGGAGGGCGGAGGGGCUGGAGCUCCAGCGGGCCCACCGGCCGAGGGGCCUCCGGGAGCGGCCCGGAGCCCCGGCCCCGGAGCGGCCUAACCCGGGCCGGGCCAGGCUUUGGGGCCUGAGCCGCCCGGGGGUCGGUACCUGGACGGGUUCCUGCAGCACCGUCAUCCUGCUCUCCCCGGCCUCCGCCUCCUGGUCGCCGAGCCCGAGCGGGGCGGCCCCGGUGCCGGCCCGGCUCAGAGCGAGUCACGGCGGGGCCCGGCCCGACCGCGGCUCAUUUGAACCCGCACCGACCGUUACCGGAGCGAGCGAGGCCGGCGGGCGCCGAGUCCGCCCGAACCGGCGGCGGAAAUACCCGAACCGUCCGCCGGAAAUACCCGAAGGCGCAGGCGGAAAGAGCCGAGCGGCGACGGAAAACAGCUGGGAAAGCCGCGCUCGGCAGCGGGAGGAAACUGCGCGGCGCCGGAGAUGGCCGAAGUGGGGCGGAGAUGGCCGAGCCGAGGCGGAGAUGGCCGAGCCGGAGCGGAGAGGGACGAGCGUGAGGGGAAAGCCGGCAGGGCCUGUGGCUCGUCCCUCGGAGCGCCCGUGGAACGCAGAACUUGCACUUGGUGCCACAGAACGGGCUCUGGGGAUGCCCAGCUCUCUCGGGAGCUCCCGCGUCUCUCGUGGUGCGCGCUGGGUUUGCCCAGCGGCUCCCGUGUCCCCGCUCCCCGUGUCGGGGGCAGCACGGCCCGGCUCUGUCCCCGAGGGCUCCGUGCUGAUGGGGCUGCCCGGGAGGUUCAGCCGCGGUAUCAGAAAUCGCAGGAUCAUGUGGGCUGAGAAACACCUCCCAAACCAUUGAGCCGCCUUGGCAAUAGGCCAGAGCCUGAGUGCCCCCUCCAUCGUUCCUUGGACAUCUCCCUGGGCAGCCCCUUCCAGUGUUUAACAACAUUCUGUGAAGAAAUUCCUCCUGAUGUCCUCAUAUCCAGGAGUAAAACUGGCAGACCAGGCAUAGAACUGACAUCCAGACCUUCUUUGGUAUGAGAAGCUGUUUUAUCACAGCCUGAGGAGAUACAGGCUCUCUGGAGUGUGGGGGCUCCUUGUACCUCUCGUCAGAGUCCCAUGGAAUUCAUGUAAAACAUCCAAACUGUAAAAGGUCAGUGUUUGCUGUUGUCUUUGGAGAUCUGGAUUUACAGAGACUCCUCAGUCCUACAGUGCAGUUCUGUCUGUGGGGUCACACACUGGCACCCACAGAUGCUUUUAUAAAUGUCC